AUUUGCGUAACGCAAGAUUUCGGAAAAUUACCAUAACGGGUCUUAUUUUAUCUAAAAUAUAAAGUGGAUCAAGCGGAUCUAUUUUUUUUUUUAUCCAAAAAUGCCCUUGUUAGAACAAUUGGAAUUAAUCCUCGAGAAACGUAAAAGACGAGACCUUUUACGUUCCUUGGUAGUAGCCUCACCUUCCUCCAUAGACUUUUCUUCAAAUGAUUUUCUUGGACUUGCAAGAAAUAAAUUAUUGCAAAAAACGUACUUAAAAGAACUUUCCUCUUUUCCUAACCCACCACUUGGUUCAACAGGUUCAAGAUUAUUAGAUGGAAAUUCAUCAUAUGCAGAGUCCUUAGAUAAAUUUAUUGCUGAAUUUCAUAAAGCUGAAUCUGCAUUAAUAUUCCCUUCAGGUUUUGAUGCUAAUGUAGGAUUAUUUAGUAGCGUACCACAGCAUGGAGAUGCGAUAAUAAUCGAUGAAUUUAUACAUGCUAGUGUACAUGAUGGAAUAAGAAAUUCUAGAGCUGCUGUAAUAACAAAAUUUCGUCAUAAUGAUAUUAAACAUCUUAAAAAAGUAUUAGAAACCGUUGUACAAGAAAUUGAACCACAAAAAAACAUUUUUAUUGCUGUAGAAAGUUUAUAUUCCAUGGAUGGAGAUAUAGCUCCAUUAAAUGAAAUUGUUGAAGUCAUAAAACCUUUUAAUUCGUAUUUGAUUGUUGACGAGGCACACGCAACUGGUGUAUAUGGCGAACAAGGGCGUGGGAUUGUUUGUGAGUUGGGAUUAGAACGAAAAGUAUUUGCACGUCUACACACUUUCGGAAAAGCUUUAGCCAGUAACGGAGCGGCAAUUGUUGGACCCAAACUCUUAAGAUCUUAUUUAAUAAAUUACGCGAGACCCUUAAUUUUCUCGACAUUCUUGUCAUUUAACAGUCUUAUAGCAAUUGAUUGUUCUUAUAAAGUCAUGACAAGUGAAGCCGGAAAUGAGCUUCGUAAACGUUUAAUGAGGUUGAUCCAUUUAUUUCGAAGUAACAUUGAUUUACCUUCCAAUAUGUUAUUACCAUCCAAUAGUGCAAUUCAAGGUAUCUUAAUUCCAGGUAAUGAUAAUGUAGUUAAAUUAUGUCGCGUAAUUCAAAAUGCUGGAUAUAAUGUCAAACCAAUUCGUUCACCAACUGUUCCUGUUGGAAAAGAACGAGUCAGAGUUUGUAUACAUGCUGAUAACACUGAAGAACAAAUUCUUGGAUUAAUAAAUGUUAUUAAAGAUUAUUUCAUACAACAAAAUAUUUCCAAAGAAAUGAAUAAUUAUCAAAUUAUAUCUUCAAAACUUUAAUUUAUUUAAAAGUAAAAUUAAUUAAAAAUCUAAUUUAUUAACUU